AUGGUGCCUGUUGUAUCGGUCGAAGAUCAGAUGAAAGCUGUACUAGACUGUGUGGUCACUGAGGAUAAAAUACCCACAGAUGUCAGCACUACGUUAAAGCUUUUCAUAAACAAACUUGAUGAGUGCUCAAGGUAAGUCUGGUUGACAAGUGCUUAAUGUAUUUUAUUCAUUACACCGAUUCUGUUACAAAACGUUUCUUAAACGGAAGCAAACGGAACGAAACGGGAAGGGACCUACCUGCAUUUGUCCAAUAGAAACUCUCGUUUUGCUCUGAUGCUUCCGUUUGGUGCUUAAACGUUAACUGUUUCCAUAAUGAGUACACCCCUGAUGUUGUUAUGACAGUGCAUGUUUAGCCUCCCUGUAUGUGAAUUAAUGUACUACUGCCUCUGCCAAGCGAUCUGGGCUUUCAUGGCACAGGUGGUAAUGCAUUCACACCACAAUAACCACAGGGUUGUUGACUCAAGCCCUGCAGCGAUUGUUCUCUCUCCAUCACUACAUUGGUGGCAGCAGUUCUCCCUGCUGUCUCUCUGAGUUAUUGGUUCAAGCUCCACUCCGACUGUUCCCAUUUCCAACCAAUUAGUACUCAUUCAUUGUUUACCGUUUGUGUCACUCUCAUCUUAAUGGCAUGUUUGUCUCUGAACAGGAGCAGCAUAAAGCGAUGCAAAGAGCGCAGUCUGGAGGAGGCAGGCCAGCUGCUGAGGAAGAUCCCAGUGAAGCAGCUCCAGUGUUUAGAGGAGAAGCUCCUCCUGUCACUCAUCAGGCUACUCGUCGCCAUGCAGAUGCAGAUGUUUAACAUCGCCAGUCGCAAAUUAGACCAGGUCCAGAACAAGCUCUUUCAUCUAGAAGUGAUGUUUUCAAUGCUGAAUAACUAA